CCCAACGCUCAACACCUCACAUCACACAAAUUCACUGCAAAAUUUUCCAGUCAAGCUGAAAGUUACAAAGAUUGUGCCGCCUAACAAAAAGUUGUAAAAACACAGUGCAAAAUAUCUGAACAAAAAAUUAUAGUUUUCGGCACUCAAAAUCGAAUUUAAGCUGAUUUCGUUUAACUUUAUCGAAUAAUUCGAAAUGCAGAUCUUUGUGAAAACCUUGACUGGAAAGACCAUCACCUUGGAGGUUGAACCUUCGGACACCAUUGAGAAUGUGAAGGCCAAGAUCCAGGACAAGGAGGGAAUCCCUCCAGAUCAGCAGCGUUUGAUCUUCGCCGGCAAGCAGCUGGAGGACGGACGCACCCUCUCCGACUACAACAUCCAGAAGGAGUCCACCCUCCACUUGGUGCUCCGUCUCCGAGGUGGAAUGCAGAUCUUCGUGAAGACUCUUACCGGAAAGACCAUCACUCUGGAAGUGGAGCCAUCCGACACCAUUGAGAAUGUAAAGGCCAAGAUCCAGGACAAGGAGGGAAUCCCUCCAGAUCAGCAGCGUCUCAUUUUCGCCGGCAAGCAGCUGGAGGAUGGCCGCACUCUCUCCGACUACAACAUCCAGAAGGAGUCCACCCUCCACUUGGUGCUCCGUCUGCGCGGAGGAAUGCAGAUCUUUGUGAAGACUCUUACCGGAAAGACCAUCACCUUGGAGGUGGAGCCAUCAGACACCAUUGAGAAUGUGAAGGCCAAGAUCCAGGACAAGGAGGGAAUCCCUCCAGAUCAGCAGCGUUUGAUCUUCGCCGGCAAGCAGCUGGAGGACGGACGCACCCUCUCCGACUACAACAUCCAGAAGGAGUCCACCCUCCACUUGGUGCUCCGUCUGCGCGGAGGAAUGCAGAUCUUUGUGAAGACUCUUACCGGAAAGACCAUCACCUUGGAGGUGGAGCCAUCAGACACCAUUGAGAAUGUGAAGGCCAAGAUCCAGGACAAGGAGGGAAUCCCUCCAGAUCAGCAGCGUUUGAUCUUCGCCGGCAAGCAGCUGGAGGAUGGCCGCACCCUCUCUGACUACAACAUUCAGAAGGAGUCGACUUUGCAUUUGGUGCUUCGUCUCCGUGGAGGAAUGCAGAUCUUCGUGAAGACCCUGACUGGAAAGACCAUCACCUUGGAGGUGGAGCCAUCCGACACCAUUGAGAAUGUGAAGGCCAAGAUCCAGGACAAGGAGGGAAUCCCUCCAGAUCAGCAGCGUCUCAUUUUCGCCGGCAAGCAGCUGGAGGAUGGCCGCACCCUCUCCGACUACAACAUCCAGAAGGAGUCCACCCUCCACUUGGUGCUCCGUCUGCGCGGAGGAAUGCAGAUCUUUGUGAAGACUCUUACUGGAAAGACCAUCACUCUGGAAGUGGAGCCAUCCGACACCAUUGAGAAUGUGAAGGCCAAGAUCCAGGACAAGGAGGGAAUCCCUCCAGAUCAGCAGCGUCUCAUUUUCGCCGGCAAGCAGCUGGAGGAUGGCCGCACCCUCUCAGACUACAACAUCCAGAAGGAGUCAACUCUCCACUUGGUGCUCCGUCUGCGCGGAGGAAUGCAGAUCUUUGUGAAGACUCUUACCGGAAAGACCAUCACCUUGGAGGUGGAGCCAUCCGACACCAUUGAGAAUGUGAAGGCCAAGAUCCAGGACAAGGAGGGAAUCCCUCCAGAUCAGCAGCGUUUGAUCUUCGCUGGCAAGCAGCUGGAAGACGGACGCACCCUCUCCGACUACAACAUCCAGAAGGAGUCCACCCUCCACUUGGUGCUCCGUCUGCGCGGAGGAAUGCAGAUCUUUGUCAAGACGCUGACCGGAAAGACCAUCACUCUGGAAGUGGAGCCAUCCGACACCAUUGAGAAUGUGAAGGCCAAGAUCCAGGACAAGGAGGGAAUCCCUCCAGAUCAGCAGCGUUUGAUCUUCGCCGGCAAGCAGCUGGAGGACGGACGCACCCUCUCCGACUACAACAUCCAGAAGGAGUCAACUCUCCACUUGGUGCUCCGUCUCCGAGGUGGAAUGCAGAUCUUCGUGAAGACUCUUACCGGAAAGACCAUCACCCUCGAAGUGGAGCCAUCCGACACCAUUGAGAAUGUGAAGGCCAAGAUCCAGGACAAGGAGGGAAUCCCUCCAGAUCAGCAGCGUCUCAUUUUUGCCGGCAAACAGCUUGAGGACGGACGCACCCUGUCCGACUACAACAUUCAGAAGGAGUCCACUCUCCACUUGGUGCUCCGUCUGCGCGGAGGAAUGCAGAUCUUCGUGAAGACCCUGACUGGAAAGACCAUCACCUUGGAGGUGGAGCCAUCCGACACCAUUGAGAAUGUGAAGGCCAAGAUCCAGGACAAGGAGGGCAUCCCCCCAGAUCAGCAGCGUCUCAUCUUCGCCGGCAAGCAGCUGGAGGAUGGCCGCACCCUCUCCGACUACAACAUACAGAAGGAGUCCACCCUCCACUUGGUGCUCCGUCUCCGCGGAGGAAUGCAGAUCUUCGUGAAGACCCUGACUGGAAAGACCAUCACCUUGGAGGUGGAGCCAUCCGACACCAUUGAGAAUGUGAAGGCCAAGAUCCAGGACAAGGAGGGCAUCCCCCCAGAUCAGCAGCGUCUCAUCUUCGCCGGCAAGCAGCUGGAGGACGGACGCACCCUGUCCGACUACAACAUCCAGAAGGAGUCCACCCUGCAUUUGGUGCUCCGUCUGCGCGGAGGAAUGCAGAUCUUUGUGAAGACCCUGACUGGAAAGACCAUCACUCUGGAAGUGGAGCCAUCCGACACCAUUGAGAAUGUGAAGGCCAAAAUCCAAGACAAGGAGGGAAUACCCCCAGAUCAGCAGCGUUUGAUCUUCGCCGGCAAGCAGCUGGAGGACGGACGCACCCUCUCCGACUACAACAUCCAGAAGGAGUCAACUCUCCACUUGGUGCUCCGUCUCCGCGGAGGAAUCCAGGCUUAAGCUGAACACAUUUCCAAAUAAACACGAGAUUCUAUGCACUAACUUUUCACGACUCACUAUCAAGGCAAGCAAUUGACGACGGAUUCGGAGGGAGGCCAUUAUAAAUUCGAAAUUCCAGUACAGGCCACGAUUACUUUAGUUAAUGCUUUUCCUUAUAUAUAUAUCUAAAUUCACCUUUCAAAUCACAAAUACACACAAUUAAAAUAAAAAGCAUUUGUUGAUUAAUUAA